CUUUACGCGGGUGGAAGUCCCUAACCACAACACUAGCUCAGUCGCAGUCCGCCGCCUGAAAAAAUGGCAACUGCAGGUCUUUACAGGCGCAUUCUCCCGUCACCCCCGGCUAUUGAUUUCGCUUCUACCGAAGGAAAGCAACUUUUCAUGGACGCCACACAAAAUGGAACAAUGGAAGGUUUUUUCAAGCUGAUUUCAUAUUUUCAGACACAAUCUGAACCUGCGUACUGUGGUUUGGCUAGUCUUUCCAUGGUUUUGAAUGCCCUUUCUAUUGAUCCAGGAAGAAAAUGGAAAGGGCCUUGGAGAUGGUUCGAUGAAUCAAUGUUGGACUGCUGUGAGCCAUUAGAAAAGGUUAAAGCUAAAGGCAUCUCUUUUGGAAAAGUUGUGUGUUUGGCGCGUUGUGCUGGAGCAAAAGUGGAAGCUUUUCGCACAAGUCAGACCAGCAUAGAUGACUUCCGUAAGUAUCUCAUAGCAUGCUCUACUUCUGAUGAUUGCCAUCUAAUUUCAUCGUAUCAUAGAGGCGCCUUUAAACAGACAGGAACAGGUCACUUUUCACCUAUUGGCGGUUAUCAUGCUGGAAGGGACAUGGCAUUGAUUCUAGACGUUGCACGAUUUAAAUACCCCCCUCAUUGGGUUCCACUUCCACUUCUCUGGGAAGCUAUGGAUACUGUCGAUGAAGCAACAGGGUUACAUAGGGGUUUCAUGCUUGUUUCCAGGCUCUACAGAGCACCAGCAUUGCUUUACACCCUGAGCUGUAAGCAUGAAAGUUGGGUUGAUAUCGCGAAGUACUUAAUAGAUGGUGUUCCUUUGCUGUUGAGUUCAGAAAAUGUGAAGGACGUAAAAGAUGUUCUCUCAUCUGUUUUAGCAUCUCUGCCUGCUAAUUUUUCAGAAUUUAUCAAGUGGGUAGCAGAAAUUCGAAGACAAGAGGAAGGUGCUACAAGUUUGAGUGAAGAAGAAAAAGGAAGACUUGCUAUGAAGGAAGAUGUGCUGAAGAAGAUCAGGGAGACUGAUCUUUAUAAACAACUGGCGGACAUUUUAUCCUCAGAAAGAUCUUGCUGCCUGAUGGGAGGCCGUCAUGCAGAUAAUUUGUCUGAUAUUGCUGCAAGAGUUUGCCGCCAAGGUGCAGGUCUUUUUGCAGGGGGAUUCCGUUCAUCACAUAUGUUUUGCUGCCAGGAAACAUGCGUGAGAUGCUACAGAGCUAGUGGAGAAGACAAAUCUGUUACUAUAGUGUCAGGGAAAGUUAUGGACGGUAAUGAUAAGGUAGAAGAAGGGUUGGAUGUUCUAGUCCCUACAUCUUGUUUGAAACCGAGCUGCUGUGCUUCUGGCACUGAUAGUUCUUUGGAUAAUUUUCAUCCAGCAACCAAUGAUGUCCUAACAGCUCUACUAUUGGCAUUGCCCCCCGAGACAUGGUCAAAUAUCAAAGAAGGAAGGGUUUUGGAGGAAAUGAACAGCCUUUCUUCUAUAGAAAACCUUCCUCUGGUACUCCAAGAAGAGAUUCUGCACUUGCGCUGUCAGUUUCUUUUCCUCAAGAGAUGCAAGGAUGACAAGGUAGAAGAAGACUUGACAGCAACACUUCUAUAGAACUAAAAAAAAUAUUAUUACUGUUUUCAUUAUCCCGAGAUGAAGUGUGCAUCUUCUUUUUUAUUUAAUCCCAAAUAAUACACAGAGCAUCUUGGAUUUAGACUGCAGCUGGGCUAUGUUUGUCUUGUUUUUUUAUAGGUUUUAGUAGGUGAAGAUAAAAAAGAUGUCUUAUGGGGUGUAACAAGUUUCGGAGAAUCACCUGAUAAAAAAUAUCAGAGUAAUGCAGUGAAGAAUCAAAACAUGCUGAAAACUUGUAGCAACCCUCAGAGGCCCUUUAAGUGCCUUGUCUUAUCAUCACGCCGUGAAUUGUGUCCAAAGUUCUCAGGUGGAUUUGAAUGCAUACACAAGUCUGCCCGAGCUACUCUGAGCAUCCCUUGUAUUGGCUUGAGACAUUCUAUUUUUACCCCUAUGUCAUUGUUAUGAAAAGAGGUAAUCAGACCGACAACACUUCAUUGGCUCACUUAGUGCAGAAUCUUCCUUGCACUGAUUUAAAUUGUAUAGUGUCUCACUAACAUUAAUAUGCCAUCUAUAAUUACUAUAUACUGUAUCAACCUUUGACUAUACACACACACACAUACCACUUGUUAUGGGUUGAGAUUUUAUAAGACUGUUUUGGACUUUUUGUGUAAAACAAUCCCGCGGGGUUCAAAGUAGGAGUGUAACGUUUUUUUAAAUGGCAUUUAUAUUCAAGACUUCAUAGUUUGGAUUUCAA